GUUUGAAAACAUUGCCGCGGACUUAAAAAAACAUCCUAGUCAAUUUUAAGAAGUCGGAGAAACAAAAGGUUUUGAUUUCCAUACAAUUUUAUGACUUUGCGUGGUAUAUGCUCCUCUAGAUGCCUGCGUUGAUUCUUAAUUUCUGGGAUCCUGUGCACUUUAUAUAAGCUGGUCCCCUCUCUGUUCAUACUCCUCACCAUCCCAGCAACAAUCAGAUUUCCAUCCCUUCUCCCUGAUACAAGAAAGCAGAAGCCUAACAAGUUUCUUGCUAAUUGGAAGUGGCAGUACUCUUUUAGUCAGACUUUCAGUGAGUGCUGGUGGAAGACAUUUGAAGAAUUUUUCCCAUGGCUAGAGAACUGGGAGUGCUUAAUGCACUAGAUGGUGCAAAGACCCAAUGGUACCAUUUCACGGCAAUCGUGAUUGCCGGAAUGGGGUUUUUCACGGAUGCAUAUGACCUUUUCUGCAUUUCCCUUGUAACCAAGUUACUCGGCCGCAUAUACUACACAGCUGAAGGCUCAGCAAAGCCAGGAACAUUGCCUCCCAACGUAGCGGAUGCUGUGACUGGUGUCGCAUUUUGUGGCACCUUAGCUGGCCAGCUCUUUUUCGGCUGGCUAGGUGACAAGCUGGGCCGCAAAAGGGUCUAUGGGAUAACCCUACUUCUCAUGGUUUUUUGCGCAGUUGCAUCAGGGCUCUCGUUCGGGCACUCGGCAAAGAGUGUCAUGGCCACGCUCUGUUUCUUCCGGUUCUGGCUUGGCUUUGGCAUUGGCGGUGACUAUCCCCUUUCAGCUACAAUCAUGUCUGAAUAUGCCAACAAAAAGACUCGCGGGGCUUUUAUCGCUGCAGUUUUUGCCAUGCAAGGCUUUGGAAAUUUGACUGGUGGGAUUGUUGCUAUUAUAGUAUCAACCGCCUUCGAUCACGCAUACAAUGCUCCUUCAUACGAGGUUGAUGCAGCAGCCUCCCUACCAUCACAGGCCGAUUACGUUUGGCGCAUAAUUGUAAUGUUUGGAGCCAUCCCCGCCGCGCUCACCUACUACUGGCGCAUGAAAAUGCCUGAGACGGCCCGUUAUACCGCCCUGGUUGCAAAGAACGCAAAACAGGCCGCGCAAGACAUGUCUAAGGUAUUACAGGUGGAGCUCGAAGCCGAAGUGGAGAAGACAGAAAGGUAUUCUCAAGACCCAGGCAAUUCGUUCGGUUUAUUCUCCAAGGAAUUCAGGAAACGACACGGGCUUCACUUGGUCGGUACCACUGUUUGUUGGUUCUUGUUGGACAUAGCCUUCUAUAGCCAAAAUCUUUUCCAAAAGGACAUCUUCAGCGCUAUUGGGUGGAUUCCGGCGUCGCAGACGAUGAGUGCUAUUGAAGAGGUUUUCAAGAUUGCAAGAGCGCAAACACUUAUUGCAUUGUGCGGUCUCAUUCCUGGGUAUUGGUUUACAGUGGCCUUCAUCGAUAUUUUGGGACGAUUCACGAUUCAAUUGAUGGGUUUCUUCUUCAUGACUGUCUUCAUGUUUGCACUAGCUAUCCCUUACCAUCAUUGGACCUUGAAGGAAAACCGAAUUGGGUUCCUUGUGAUGUACUCCCUCACCUUCUUCUUCGCAAACUUUGGGCCAAAUGCCACCACGUUUAUUUUGCCAGCAGAAAUUUUCCCCGCAAGGCUAAGGUCUACUUGUCAUGGAAUAUCAGCUGCAGCCGGAAAGGCUGGAGCCAUCGUUGGUGCCUUCGGAUUUUUGUAUGCUGCCCAAAGCACGAACCCGGCCAAGACUGACGCAGGAUACCCACCUGGUAUUGGAGUAAAGAACUCGCUUCUUAUGCUUGGAGGCAUUAACUUCUUGGGAAUGUUAUUUACGUUAUUGGUGCCAGAAACCAAGGGAAAAUCGCUCGAGGAACUGACGGGCGAGAAUGAGGAGGAAAGAUCUAAUUUAAGGACCGUUCCAGAGUGAUUUGAUCGAGUUGGAUCCGCAUGUUUACUACUAUAAGGUUCAUAAAGCCAUGUUAAUAUCCAACGGUGCUUUGAUUUCUAUUAUGUUUAUGCAAACACAAUAAUAGUGAUGAUAUUUUUCUUUAGAAUGCAAUAAUAAUGUAUGAAUGAAAGUGUUCUGUUAGCUCAA